AUGCUUGGGGCUGCUGAAGCAGUCAGGAACAUACGUAGAGGCGCAUGGCACCGACAUGAUAUCGUUUCUUGUCACUGUCCAGAACUAUCCUACGUACAUGUUCAUUGUCCGUGUCAGGUGUGCAAUUCAAACGCUGUGUCUACUGCAACAGAAUAUCGACAUUGGAGCAGGGCAUGUGAAUGUAUGGAUACUGAUGUUGAGUAAGUUACCAGCAAGUUCAUAAGCAGAAACGGGGGGGGGGGGGGAGGGUGCCGAUGGACCGUGGUCUGGCCGGUUUCGCUGAAUUUCCUAGAUGGAUGUGGCCCAAAAUAAAAGUUAAUUUUUGGUAGUGUGACUGGGUUUUAGCUAAAUCUUCAAAAUUUGCAGUCACUUUCGUAGUGAGGUGAGUUAAUUACGCGAUUCUGUGUUAUUCUUGGGUGGGGGUUUAGACUUUAGAGGGUUUAAUAUUUAUUGUUAUAUAGUUAGUGUCAAACUUCAAUUUUUCUGUUUGCCGAUUGGUCAAAACCGUAUCACGUGCCGGCCCACAAAACGUCAUGUUAGGGAACCGGUCCACAAUGAAACAUUUAUUGACCGGUCAAUAAUAAAAUGGGUGCAAUACGCAUGCGUGUCAACCCCGAAGUUGCUGGAAACAUUUUUUUUCGCCAACAUUUUUGGGAAAAAUAUGGUACUGUGGUAAUUUUUGGCCCAAUGUAGUAAUUUUAUGCAGCCAGAUGUGGUAAUUGCCCCUGAAAAAAUCUGGUCCUCACUGAAGGGGUCCCACGUACUUUUCUUCUUGACCAAAUGUAAUUUCCAAAACCGAGGAAAAACUCGGGGGAAGAGCAAAUGAAUUGGUAAAUCUUCCAAUAAAUAGUCCUACAAUCUCCUAAAUUUCAGGAAGUAACUAGUGUGGGCACUGGAAGCCCGACUCGCUUAGGGCUCGUGUAUUGUACAUGUACAUGUAUCCCAGCUCAUAGCGUUGUAGAACAUUGUGAUAUCUCUUCAUAUGUUCUAAAAUUCUUGCUGAAAGCACGUGUACAAUUUGAUAAUAACUAAAAAAAACAUAUGGUUUCUUUAAUUACGAUUGAUUGCAAUCAUAUAAAUAUAACUGAUAGUUUGUAUUGAUCUUCCGUGGUAAUGCUGGUAUGAUCAUAAUCCAACAAUUCAAUAAUUAAGGCAUUGUGAAUUUAUAGCAAUAUCUUAUAAAAGUGCAAACUGUUAAUUAGAUUGUACACUCACACAUCAACACUGUUUAUUUUUAGUAGUGAAACAACCGAGUCUUCUGACGGUGAAUUAGGUGGAGGUCUGAAUGAUUUAGAUGUACAUCUAACUGUUGACAACAAUAUCGCACACACCACUUUUCAUGAGAAUAUGUCUUCUCUUGGGAGUACCAGUACUGAACCUAGUGAUGAUGAGUGUGAUCCAAUAGCAGACAGUGAUUGCACACUUGAGUCUCCUUUGACUAAUCCUGACGAAAGAGAAAUCGUUACUGCAAUUUUAGAAGCACUGAAUUUGGUGGACCAAAUGCAAGGCUCUCAUAAACAUUUUGUCGAUGUGUUGGAAUUCUCAGAAAAAUUGUAUUCAAGAAACAACGAUGGGGAACAACCAGUGAAAUAUAUGUGGCCCAAGAGUUGGAGGGAGACAGAGAUGAUUUUAAAAAAAUGUGGCUAUACAGUGGUCCAAAUGAAUAUUACAUAUGCUUGGACCAGUCUCACUAUUCAAAAUCUCACUAUUCAUGUUGAAUUCUGAAGACAGUUGCAAGUACUAUGGAAAAAGUGGAAACAUAAAGUAUUAUUAUCUUGGAUUGCCAGACAAAGUCAAAAGAUGGUGUUCAAAUGCUAAUAUGUGCAAGAAAAUGAUGGCACAUUGGGAAAACAAAGAACACUGGAUACGUGGCAUUGGAUCAAACUUUAUUUUGAAAGAAAUAUGCGACAGGUCUAGAUUUAAUGAGUUAUCCUGGUUCUGGAACCCUGACUGUUCCUGGAUGUUACCUCUCUGAUGUAAAUUUUGCAAUUCUGUGAUUGGUCCUAAAGAAAUAGAAGAAUCAGAACAAAAUGGAGAAUGCUACAAUGUCCAAUGUUCAGAAUGUGGUACUAAUCAUGAUUAUAUACCAUGCUUCACCAAUGGAAACCCACGUAACAUUGCACUCAUUGGGCACUGGGAUGGUUGGCAACCAUUUGGUUACCCAGGGUCUCAUAGUUUAGCAAGUGCAUGACUUUUGUUAUUUAAUCCAUUAAAUAAAUGUGUAAUAAGUUCAGUAUAAAUUUACAUUUUAACCCAUUAAGCCAUAAUGCUCCCAAAUGAGCCAAAUGCCAGACGAUUUUACUCGUCAAGAGAAAAGUCUUGUGCUUUAAUGGGUUAAUAUUUCUAUAAAUGCCAGAUGACUUUACUUGUCAAGUGGAAGAGUAGUGGGGCAUUAAUUUAUUAAUGGUUAGUAUCAUAAAGCACACAGAUGUUUACAAUUCAAAUUAAAUGAAUUUGCUAAUAUUCAAUUUUUUCAAAUUGGUGAUUUGUAAUUGACCCUUAUCACAUCAAAAUAACAUCAUUAAAAUAGUCACUGUGUGCUCUACAAUCUUGGAGAAAAAGUUUAUAAUUAUCAAUCAUUGCACUGUUUCUCCUUCUGUUUUCUACAGUUUCUAGUAGUUUUUUAUUUGGAAAAGUAAUGAUACAGCGUUAAAAAUUAACAUAUUGUCCAAGAUUGUUGUUCUGGCACGUUAUGUUGCGAGUGUGACGUGUCAAAUAGAAAUUGAGUUUGUUUUUUAUAUCACAGAACACUAGUGUAAUGACAAGUGGAGCGAAUUAAUAAAACUUCUUUUUAUUUCUAGGAGCCAUUGAAGUUACAAUAGCCAAUAUGUAUAAAGCUGAGAGGAGUAAAGUUGAAGAAGUGUAUGUGGUUGGUUUUGUACCCAGCUAUCUCCUUCUGAAAAAGUGCCCAUGUUUGCUUGACCCUUUCUUGGAUCUUCUAGUUACUGACGUCGAAGACAUAUUUAUUCAUGGUAUUAUAGUUAAACGCGAUUACAUGCUGCGUGAAUUGUUAACAUUAAAUUGUGCAUGUAUAAGUUGUAGCGUGUAUACAGUAACAGUACUGAUUAAAAAUAGCAACAAAUUAUUCAUAUUUUAAAGGGUUAGAAGUUGAUUACGUUGGCUCGAUUUCUGGCUUACGAAGUGGGAGAACUAAUAUCCGUUGUUUAAUACUACUCUGGACCGGAGAUUAUCCAGCACAGUGCAAAGUUGGAAAAUUUAUUAAUUGUGAAAUACAGCCAUGUAGAAGGGAUAAACUUCAAGGUAUUUGAUACCUGAUAUUUACAAUAAUUAAUUUGCAUGCAUGACCGUUAAUCUGUUUGUAACUGCAUUUAUUAAAUUUAUUUAUUAAAUAUAAACUUGUAUUCUUGGAUAUUUUCUCCAAAACUUUAAUAUUUACUUAUUAAUUUUAUAUACUUGUAUUUCUGUCUCUUUUUAUACAGGAACAAGUUUAAACGGCGGAAGCACUUAUUAUUAUGGAGAAAACAGACUUCACGCUAGAUUUCCCUGGGGAAAACGGAAUCUUAAUGACGAAGUGGAAGUGAUGUGCACCAUAGGUGAAGAAGAUCGUAGUUCUGUACGAGCUAAUCUUAGCAAACAUACAGCAUACACUGGAAUCAGCGUUUUACACCGACUUCACAAGAUCUACGAGUUUGAUGUCAUCCGAGAUACAGUAUUUGAUAUGAUGCACAACCUUCCUCUAAAUGUUGUGAGAAAACAUGUUAAGAGAGUGAUGGACGAAGGAAUAGUUGACAAAAAUGUGUUAGAAAGCAAACUUUCACUUAUGCCCUGAACUGCAGGUUAUAUUUUAGAAUUAAUACUGCAUGCUUAUAUGUAUAUAUAUAUAGGAAGCACCUUUACCCCAUGCUGCAAAGAUUGAUGUAGACAAGGUAAUCGUUGGUGUGACCAUACUCAGUUGGGUUUUGAUUUUAGCGUUUCUGCGUGUUAAACUGUCAAACUCAACAUUGUUUUGUUAACAAAAAUUAUACCAAGUGUUUUGCUACCAAUGGUUAAAAAUGCGUUAAACAUAAGUACUGUUUUACAGUUUUUGGCUUUGGUCAUAAUAGGUAUACCCUGGCUACAGCUACGCUAUAAAUUAUUUGGACAUCAUUCUAUUAUUUUCUCUUAGUCAUUGAAAUAAAAUUUUCUGUUUUAGAUGGCUGCCAAAACCAUAACUGAAGCCAAAAGGCUGGCCAAGAGUUUUGGAAAUUCGCUGAAUCAUGCGACCAGCUGCAAUGAAGGAAUCCUUGUCGGCGGACUGAAUUCCAAUGGAGUACUUCUAACAAAAGAAGAUCAACAACUUAUUCUUACUUGUAUGCAAGCAUCUGGCCACGUUGAAGAAGUAAAGAUAGCAUUUCAAUUCUGGAGUCUCUUCAAACCACUUCAAAGUGUUGAUGGUGUUCUUUAUAGAGUCGAUGAAGAUAUCAUUUAUAUAACAUCUAAUAAUGUGGAAGAAGUGGCACGAGUCGAAGCGUUUUAUCUGUCUUACUUAGUGGAAGUUACUGCACAUUGGCAAAGAUAA